AUGCCUAGGCGUCGCCCCUACGUGGCUGGAACCACGCCCAUUGAUUUUGUUCCCAUGGACAUAUGGAGCAUGAUAUUCAAAGAGCUGCAGUAUGCAUCUCCCGCAGAAGUCGCUACCGUCCAAUCUUGGAUGGAAGAUGAUGCCAUUCCCCAGCAGACAUUCCUGCCAUACCUUCUUGCAUCUGUUUGCCCCUUAUGGCGGGAUACACUAUACUGCCAGACGACCUUCUGGCGACGCCUGGUUCUCGACAUAAGCUCCACGGUACCCUCCCCGACAUGUCUGGAUAUCGCCCGCAUCUAUGCCCACCAGUCCGGCGGCCAGCCCCUGUACAUUGCGAUAACUCGCAACGAGAAGGCCCAUAUAUCCGCUAUCCUCGUCCACUUACUCCCGCACGCGUCUCGUUGGCAGACGCUGCGUAUCGAUGCCACCGACCAGGACACCUUGCCUACGCAGUUGCAAGCACUUUCCGGAAUCGCUCCUCUUCUCGCCGGCCUGCGCCUGGAGUCUGACAAUCGUAACGCACCACUCCAGUUGCCAUUGCUCUUCAACGACUUUCAGCGGGCGGUCCCUGUCGACCUACCUCUUCUCGAGAUACUUCACUUGGAUGGGCCGAGCUUCUUGGAUACGUAUCUGCUAAGUGCAAAUGCACGAUCAUUGACUUCCGUCACAUCCUUGACUAUUGCUGGAUAUAAGUCGAGUGUUUGUACGGCAUUCAAGAUGAUCGACUUGGUGGCAUUUUUGGUACAGGUCCCGAGAUUGUCCCGCUUGAAACUCGCAGAUAUCGAAUUCCACGAAGACCAGCCGUUUGAGAUGGCUCAAUCUCGCCGGAUAGCUGGAGGUCUCCGCUUGCAGUCGCUCAUACUUGACAGCAUCGGGCAAAUGGCACUGGCGACUCUCUUCACAGCUAUCCAUGACUAUAGAUGCAUAUGGCUUACUUUCAUACGGUGCUAUCCCCACGUACACCUCAACAUCAGCUCCACCGAGCAUCUCCGUAUCGAGCACGCCCCUCCGCGAAUGUUCUUCGGCGCCCCGCUAGCCACUGCUGCCAAUUUCGACGGCAUCAAUAGUCGCGAUCUCACCUUUUCUCACUGCAAUAUCCGCCACGAGAUCGAGGCAAUGUCGAUGCCAAUGUAUGGAAACACAUGGUCGUGCUCACAUGUCACCAAACUACGACUGCACAAUUGCGUCUGCGAUCACCGCAGUAUAUUCAGGGUCUUGUGGGCUCGCCGUGUGGCUCACACGCAGACGGCUUUCGCGGAGCAUGAUAGUCCUUCCUUCGUCGUCGCCUCCAUCAAGUGGCUGUCUGUUCUUAUGAUAGGGGAAGAGUUGUCUGACAAGGAGAAAGAGUGGCUGAAUGCGAACGUCGAGUACGUCGAGUGGAAUGUUUGGGUUGGUGGCUAUGGAAGCCACGCGCGCUAA